GUGACAACAACUUAGGUUAUGUUAUAUGUUAUUGCGAUCUUGCUUUUAUCAGUUUUAAAAAAAGAAAGGAUUUUGAUCACUUAUUUUGAUCAUUUUUGUUGAUGGUGUCAAUUUCUUCUGAGGAACUCACGUUAGUUUUGGACAUUAAAUAUUUAACUCUGUGGCUGCUCUAAACCGAGGAAAUGGAAGAUGAUGUCAAAUGAAGGAAUAUGAAUCAAUGAAAUGCUGAAAGUUCUGGAAAGAUGGGUGACACAACUCACUCUAUUGUUGUGAGUCCCUUUUUUCAAAUCAGUUCUCCCACCGAUAAUGAGCCGCUGAAUGAUUCAGAUGAGACUAUUGCAAAGUUCUCUAACUCCAGAUGCAAUAAUGAAUCUUGUAGUUCACAGGAAACUCCUCCUCUAACCCCAACCAGUAAAGUGAAAACAAAAACAACAUUCUCUCCCCGAUAUGCGCGCAGGCCAGGGAAGAAGUAUGCUGCUGCUGUGAAGAAACCUGCUCACACGAAAGAAGUAAAAAGUCCAUAUUUUGCCUCAGAACUUGAUUCGUCUGAGAGGAUCAAGCAGGAAGAAGACCCGUCACGUCAAAGAGACACAUGGAUCCCUCCCAGAUCUCCAUAUGCUCUAAUUCAAGAGGAUUUGUUUGCCAAUCCUUGGCAACUUCUCAUUGCAACUAUAUUCUUAACCAAAACUCGAGCCCAACUAGCCAUCACACCUCUUCUGAAAUUCCUAGACAAGUGGCCAACUCCUGAAAAUCUUCUGAAAGCAAAUUUUGAUGAGAUUCAUGAAAUUCUACAGCCUCUUGGACUUGGCGCACUUCGGAGCCGUACAAUCUUGCGCUUUACUAAAGAAUUUUUGGAAAAAGACUGGCGCUAUCCAAUUGAAUUGUAUGGAAUCGGAAAGUACGGGAAUGACUCGUAUCGAAUGUUCUGUGUCAAUGAGUGGCGAGAUGUCACACCAACAGAUAUUCCCCUUUCAAAGUACAAAGUGUGGUUAACCAUGAACGAGGAAAGACUGGGGUUAAAGUAGUCCCUUGUCUAGCUCUCCUUACAAGGUUGUGAAGUUUCCUGUAGGUACAUACGCACUUUGAUCCAACGUAAUUUUUGGUUUGAAGUAGACAACGAUUAAUACAAACUCUGAAUUUGAUCACUAUGCUACAUAAUUCCUCAUCAAUAUUUUGCAUGGCAAGUAAUUCUUAUAAUUGACAUCUUCUUAGUAAACUCUUCAAAUUAAUUAAUUACAAAUGAUAUCAAUAUUUUUCAUGUCCCUAAAUUCAAAUGUUCUUACUCUCAUUACGAAACCAAAAUUUGCUUGACUUAAAUGUACAGAGAACAAAUAUUGACAUAUUUUACAAUGGUUGAAUUUCUGAGGGAAUGGCAUGAAGCACCAGCCUUCCAUAACUCAGCACCAAACUCUGUUGGGUUUCCAUAUUUUUCAUCCAUAAUCCUAGUAGCAAUGUCUGUUCAUUUACAUCGUUAUUUAAAAGAACUCCUGAUUUUCUGUGCCCUGUUCCAGUGAUCUAAUUUCCUAUCAACAAAUUAUAAGUGUGUCGCAGAUAAGAAAGUUUGUAAAUCCGAUUCAGAUUAUUUGCUGCCUGGCUAUAACUCCUCGUUUUCAGUGGCCCCAUACAAUAUAUACAGUAUUUCUUUUGAUCAAAAAUUCUAAUUUGUUGAAACCUCUGCUAAUUGAAAUCAUAAGUAUCUUACCCAGGAGUUUAUUUAAAAUACCAAGCAAAGCAUUCUCCAUGAUGAUAAUUAAACAAAAGCACAACAUAUUGCAGUGAUUCAGACCCUUUCCUUGCAGUCCAUAACUUGACAUUGAUGAAAGGAUAUGAAAAAGAGGGCUGUGAUGGAAUCUCCCAUAAGGUUAAGUAAAUCAAUAAAUUUUAGUUCUUGUAGAAUUAGUGUAUGUCUAUACAGUGCUAAACGAAUGCAUUCAGACCUUAGUAGUCACUUUUACUUUCAAAAGAGGAAAAUUGCCCCAUUGACAACAUGCCAACUUUCAAAAUUGAAUCAGGUUAAAAAGGUUCUUCAAAUGCAGAUAAGGCAGUCCAAAAAGAAAACUAUAGUGUCAGACUAUAGUGGUCUUAUAACUACAAA